CAUUAUUACAUUUUCAUUUAUUUCUUCUCCUUCUGUUGAAUCAAUGGAAGAGAGAAUGGAGACUGAGCUGAUAUCGAUACCGGCGACGCCACGGGCAUCCACACCGGAGAUACUCACACCCUCCGGUCAGAGGUCGCCCAGGCCAAUGUCAAAGGAAGGUGGGAAGUCGUCGACGGCGUGGACACCGACGUCGUUUACGCCGAGGUUUCUUAGUCCGAUUGGUACGCCGAUGAAGAGGGUGUUGAUAAACAUGAAAGGGUAUUUGGAGGAAGUGGGUCAUCUGACUAAACUAAACCCACAAGAUGCAUGGCUUCCGAUAACCGAAUCUCGUAAUGGCAACGCUCAUUACGCCGCCUUUCAUAACCUCAACGCCGGCGUCGGCUUUCAGGCUCUGGUUUUGCCCGUCGCUUUCUCUUUCCUUGGCUGGAGUUGGGGAAUUGUGUCAUUAACUAUAGCGUACUUUUGGCAACUAUACACUUUGUGGAUCUUGGUACAGCUUCAUGAAGCAGUUCCAGGGAAGAGAUACAACCGAUAUGUGGAGCUUGCUCAAGCAGCUUUUGGGGAACGGCUUGGGGUGUGGCUAGCACUAUUUCCGACGGUUUACUUGUCUGCCGGAACGGCGACGGCGUUGAUUCUUAUCGGAGGCGAAACCAUGAAACUCUUCUUCGAGCUUGUUUGUGGGCCACUUUGUACUUCAAAUCCCUUAACGACAAUCGAAUGGUAUCUUGUUUUCACUUCAUUAUGCAUCGUGUUGUCUCAGCUCCCAAACCUGAACUCCAUUGCCGGACUCUCCCUCAUCGGAGCGGUGACUGCGAUAUUUUACUCGACCAUGGUUUGGGUUCUCUCCGUUAGCCAACCACGGCCACCCAACAUCUCGUAUGACCCUGUCCCCUUGCCUUCGUUCUCAGCUUCCCUGUUUUCUUUCCUAAACGCACUUGGUAUCAUUGCCUUCGCUUUUAGAGGCCACAAUCUAGUCCUCGAGAUUCAGUCUACGAUGCCAUCAACUUUCAAACAUCCAGCUCAUGUGCCAAUGUGGAAAGGAGCCAAGGCUGCAUACUUCUUCAUUGCAAUGUGUCUGUUCCCUGUGGCUAUCGGAGGUUAUUGGGCUUAUGGAAACCUUAUGCCAUCGGGAGGGAUUCUGAAUGCGCUAUUCGUAUUCCACAGUCAUGAUAUUUCAAGAGGGUUGCUUGCAAUGACGUUCUUACUAGUCGUUUUCAGCUGCUUAAGUGGGUUUCAGAUAUACUCGAUGCCAGUGUUUGAUAGUUUUGAAGCCAGCUACACGAGCCGCACAAACCGGCCAUGCUCUGUGUGGGUCCGGUCUGGUUUUAGAGUCGUUUAUGGGUUUAUUAACUUUUUCAUUGGUGUAGCAUUGCCCUUCCUUUCCAGUAUUGCCGGUUUGCUAGGAGGGUUAACCCUACCAGUCACAUUUGCAUACCCAUGUUUCAUGUGGGUUCUUAUCAAGAAGCCUGCAAAAUAUAGCUUCAACUGGUACUUCAAUUGGACACUUGGAUGGCUUGGUAUAGCAUUCAGUUUAGCGUUUUCGAUAGGUGGAAUAUGGAGCAUGGUCAAUAGCGGACUUAAGCUGAAAUUCUUCAAACCAAAUUAACACUUAAUGAUCGAUUGAUUGUGCACUCGCGUGAACUUUUUAGGAAACUGU